GGUUCAACAGUGAUAUCCUGGCCCAAGGCUGAAUCUCCAAUAGAGGGUCUUGGGAAAGAAGCUUUAGCUUCAGAAGUAAAGCUGUGGAACCCCAUUGAAUUGCCAGCAGUCAACUGGAUAGAUCCUAUAACACAGCUUAUAUAUCACACAGGAAACACCUGGACAAAGUCUUCAUCUAACCCUACUAUAUUACAGAAUUGUUCUGAAUCUUCAGCAAUCAUUUCCCGGAUGUACACUGUGUCUGACACUUUUACAGCAUUUACUAAAAAUGAAUUGACAAUUUUAUCUGAUGAAAUCACACUGUGGGCCCAAGCCAUGUUUGCUUCAGACAAGCCUUGGAAGAAAGCCCAAUAUGGCAUAGGAAUGCCUGUGACUCAGGCUGCAUCUAUAUCUAAAGUUUCCUCUAUGCAACCUGUGUCUGAUGCAGACAUACCACAGAGCCCAACUGAGUUUCUGGCCAAAGUUGGGAGGAUACACUCUAUAUCUGAUACCUUGAUACAAUGGAUGCAUUUUGGAUCUCCAGGAAGCAAGAUUUGGACUGAAAUUACAGCUUCCACAGUUACACAGUGGAGACAAGCUAAAUUUCCUAUUUUCAGGUUUUGGGAACCAACUGUUACUCCUACAACCACCAUGUGGAAACCAAGUGCAUCUCCAGCCAUUAACUUUGGUUCAAGGGCUUCAGCUGCCACAGUCUCCCCUUUGACACACUAUGCGUCUCCAGAAAUCCAGCCUUUGUCAGGACAUUUAGCUUCCACUCCUAGGAACUGGAAACAGACUGACUUUUUGCGUAUGAAUGUUUACACACAAACUGAAACUGAUGUAGCCAUAUUUUCUGAAAUGUCUGUAAAACCUUUGAUUCCACUUGGUUCUAAAGUUAAUGUAUUCAUUCUGUCUGAACAAACUCAAACUUACACAACCCAAGGCUUGAAUGAGAUGGAAAAUCAAGAUUAUAUUCUGAGGGCACAUAAAUUUGAAGAUGCUAAUGCAGGGACUUUGUCUAAAGUUGGAGCACUUGUAUCUGAGGCUUUGCCUGCAAGUCAAUCAGCUAGAGUCUGGCCUGAAAUUGACCCUCAUAAUAGCAGAGGUUGGUUUGAAAUUGAAACAGAAAAUAUCCAACCAUGGGCUCAAACAGAUUUUCAAAACUAUAUCUCAUUUAGGACCAGACAAAUAGAACUAGGGGUCCAACAUACGCUUGCUUCAUUCACCUCAUUGACCCAAUCAGAAGUUGGUAUGUUUGAUCUGUGGACAUCUAAAGUAGACAUAACAAGGUCCCAGACCACUGCAGGGAUUGAGAAUUUACUGAGACCACUGAUCCAAACUGAAUCUGAGUCAAUCAAUGCCUGGAUCCAGCCAACGGAUAAUAUAAUCCGACCACAUACCCAAACUGAUUAUGAAGCAACCAGGCUCUGUACUCAGGACACAUCUGAUAAAGUCACAAUGUCAUCCCAGGUUGAAAUUCAGGAACCAAAGCGCUUGAUCCUACCUGACAGUUAUAAUGUCAGAGUUUUGUUUCAGACUCAAAAGAAUACAAUACAAGAAGGCCAACUUGAAGAACAAAUGGUUACUCUCUUCAUGGAGGCAGAAGGGCAAUCUCUUGAAAGUAAUAUGAUUGAAACUCCUUCCCAAGAUAAGUGUGAUAUAACCCAAGUUGAGGACUACUCUGGAACAAAUUCAAUCAAAGGUUUGACCUCUUCUGAAAGUGAUGAAAUACUACUUUUGACCCAGACAGAAGGCCAAGUGAUGAAAACCUGGGCAGAGGAUGAUUUGGUCAGAAAUUUAGCCUUCACUGAACAUACGACAAAUAGUCAUUGGUCCCUCACUGAAUCUCAAGUGACACAUUCGUUGGCCGGGACUAAAGUUGUUCUAACCGAUCCUUGGCUUCAGUACAAAGCUGGGAUGAUCAGCCAUUUGGCCCAGUCUGAAGCAUCAGAAAGUAUUCACUUGACCCAGCCUGGAGCCGAAAGAGAAUACUGGCUCCAGUCUCAAAUAGAUUCAGUCGGAUCCUGGAACCAGCCUGAAAGUAAACCAAUUCUAAGCUGGACCCCAACUGGAAAAGAAAUAAUAAAAGGGUCGAACUGGGAGGAGGUUGAGGUUGAGGGAGUGACACCUUGGCUUCAGACUCAAGACAGUUCUACAGUUCGGAUUCAGCCUGACUCCAAAACAGUGAGUCCUGAAAUGCAGAGUAAACUUGGUGUAACCCAGACACAGGAAAGUGAUGCUGCAAAUCAUCCUGAUACUCAAGCAAUCAAACCCUGGCAGAAACAUGAAUUUAGUAAGGCCAGCCCUUGGUUCCACAUUCAAAUGAGUACAGUACUGCAAGGCUCUCCAGCCACAGUAACAUUAAAAGGACCCAUGACUGGAUCUCAGUUUGAACCCGAAUCUCAGUAUCAGCCUGGACAACAGACUCCCAACCAUUCAGAACUCAAGAUUUCUCUGGCUCAGUGUCACCUAGGUUUACUGUGGCAAGAGAAUCUUCAGGCUCUCUGGCUUGUCAAAACACCUGUUAUCACUCAUGCUGCCACAGAGUGUGGAUUACGCCCAGGCUUUGUUCCUCGCUGUCCCAACUGCUGGAAGGCAGAAGUGGGUGAAUUUCCCUGGAUGGUUUCAAUACAAUUGUCUUUCUCCCAUUUCUGUGCUGGCUCUAUUCUGAAUGAACACUGGAUCCUUACCUCCGCUAGAUGUGCCAAUUUUGUAAAAAGUUCAGAGACACUGUCCAUGGUGCAAGUGGGGCUUAUUGACCUCCAGGGACCAGCUCAAACUCAUAUUGUGGGCAUUCACCGUGCCAUGCCCUAUAUAGGUCCCUCAGGGCCCCUAGGACCCGGCCUGAUCUUUCUGAAGGAGCCACUACAUCUCCAACCCCUCGUGCUUCCUAUUUGUCUGGAGGAUAACAUGGAGCAAGAGAAAAAUAAGCCACUAUAUGAUUGCUGGCUAUCUAGCUGGUCCCUUCUGAGGGGAAGACCUGGAAUUCUGCAAAAAAGACACCUAAGUAUUCUGCAAACCAGCACUUGUGAAGAAUAUUGGCCCACAGCAAGUGAAUUUACUUUCUGUGUGGAAGCCAAGAAAGCUACUGGGGAAGAUGAUUGUAAGGGUGACGUAGGGGCACCUCUAGUGUGCCGUCUACCACGAAAGAACACUUGGGUGCAGGUGGGAAUAUUGAGUCACUUUGAUGAACAUUGCAUAAAGCCCUAUGUCUUCAUCCAAGUGAGCCCUUUCAUUUUCUGGCUUCGUGGAGUAACACGGCCCAGCCUUGCACCCUGGUCUCAGCAAGCAGCCAUGACGCCCUCUGUUUCUGCCUCCCCUUCAGUCACUACUUCUAUAAAUGCCUCAGUUUUUACUGGCAAUUCAGCUUCUGUUCAAUCACACUUCAUCCCUCUACUACAGCCUCAGAGAAGAUCACAAGACAAUGGCAGUAAAGCUUUGACAGAUCGCAUUUCUCUUCAUUAUGCGAUGCCUUGGCAGGCAAUUAUAAUAAGCUGUAGCAGUCAAAUCUGCAGUGGUUCCAUUAUUAGCAGCUCUUGGAUUCUCACUGCUGCCCACUGUGUCAGAAACAUGAACCCUGAAGACACUGCUGUAAUACUUGGCUUUAAGCAUCCUGGGGAAUCUCUGAAAGUUGCUAAGGUGUCUAAUAUUCUACUGCAUGAGAGAUUCCGGUUGGUGAGUGAGGCAGCAAAAAAUGACCUGGCAUUGUUGCUCCUGCAAAAUCCCCAGACAUCCAUUCAAACAUUAGCACCUUUGGGUCACAUGAAGAAUCUAAACAACUCAGAAUGUUGGCUGUCUGGACCACAAAUUCUUAAGCCAGGACAGACAGAUGGAAAUCCAGAAAAAUUACAGAUUCAGGUGAUGACAGCAUCAACUUGUGCCUAUCUAUACCCGGACAUAGAUGGUUCCAUUGUUUGCUACAUUUCUAAGGCCAAAGGUGCUGAUGCAAAUACGGAGUUAGUAAGUCCAGGAAGUGCUGUCAUGUGUAGAGAGAAGUCUGCAAAUGGCAAAUGGAUGCAUGUAGGCUUCACCAGUGUCAAGGCUCUAGCUACAAUUGUGAGUCCCCAUUUCUCCUGGAUUUUGUCUAGUUUGGCAAAAGCUGGCCCAUCACUAAACCAGGUCAUAAUGCCUUGGGUUGAAAAUCCCAAGUCUUCUAGUCUCCUCAAAGAGUCAAGUGCAUUGCUGCUUCUUUCAAUACUGAUUAUUGAAGCCCAUAUAAUUCUGUAGUCCAGUAGCUACAGUUGGAAGUGCUAGUCUACUUGUCCUGAAAGAUAAGAGAAUGAAAAUCAUCACAGAACAAAGCACAACUUAUGCUCUAUGUUAUAUAUUUCCUAUGUUUUGUAGUCU